AUGUCUUCUGAGCAGCUUCAAAACGUUGAGCCCGAAAAGAUCGAGACUAACUACGAUGAGACUGUCGAUUCCUUUGACGCUCUUGGCCUCAAGCAGGAGCUUUUGAGAGGUAUCUACGCUCACGGUUUCGAGUCACCUUCUUCCAUUCAGCAGCGUGCUAUUCUUCCUGCUAUUAAGGGCAGAGAUGUUCUUGCUCAGGCUCAAUCUGGUACUGGUAAGACUGCCACUUUCUCGAUUUCUGUUCUCCAGAACAUUGAUAUGUCUCUGAAGGAGCCCCAGGCCCUCAUUCUUGCCCCCACCCGUGAGUUGGCUGGCCAGAUUGAGAAGGUCAUUUCUGCCAUUGGCGCCAACCUUAAGGCUGCCUGCCAUCUCUGCAUUGGUGGUACCCGUGUUCAGGAUGACGAGGCUGCCAUUAGAUCUGGUGUCCAGAUUAUUGUUGGUACCCCUGGCCGUGUUCACGACAUUAUUCAGCGUCGCAUUCUGAGAACUAACAAGAUCAAGAUGUUUGUUCUUGAUGAGGCCGAUGAGAUGUUGUCUCGUGGUUUCAAGGCUCAGAUUUACGAUGUUUUCCAGCUUCUCCCCCGUGAGAUCCAGGUCGUUCUUCUUUCUGCCACCAUGCCCCAGGACGUUUUGGAGGUCACCACUAAGUUCAUGAAGGACCCUGUCCGCAUUCUUGUCAAGAAGGAUGAGCUUACCCUUGAAGGUAUCAAGCAGUUCUACGUCAAUGUUGACUUGGAGCAGUACAAGAUUGACACUUUGAUUGAUCUUUACGAGACUAUCACUAUUACUCAGUGCGUUGUUUUCUGCAACACUAAGAAGAAAGUUGAGGAGAUUUGCGCUGCCCUUAGAGAAAACAACUUCACUGUUUCUGCUAUGCACGGUGAGAUGGACCAGAGCCAGCGUGAUCUUAUCAUGUCUGAGUUCCGUUCCGGUUCUUCUCGUGUCCUUGUCACCACCGAUCUUUUGGCCCGUGGUAUUGACGUCCAGCAGGUUUCUCUUGUCAUCAACUAUGACCUUCCUACCAACAGAGAGAACUACAUUCACCGCAUUGGUCGUGGUGGUCGUUUCGGUCGUAAGGGUGUUGCUAUCAACUUUGUCACUAACCAGGACAUUGGUGAGAUGAGAGAGAUUGAGAAGUUUUACGAUACCAGCAUUCAGGAGAUGCCUAACGACAUUGCCUCCUUGAUCUAA